UAUGGCUUGUCUUCAGACUAUGAGUUAUUCUAAGUUGGGAAUGCGUUUGUUAAAUUAGGAUUUUCAUCUUAAAUGUGUUCGUAUAUUGAGGGAAUCAAGUUCAUGUCAUGGCUAUAUAUCAGAUUUGGUGCAUGAUCUGCACUUUUAGUCUUAAGAUGGCAAUUCUUCGAUAAGGUCAACUGUUUCUACGAUGCCUAUGAUGAUAGUUUUAUCUUUUUUUAUUAAUUGAGCAUCACAUUUUCUAGGUACAACCUUCUGGAGAGGGAGAGGGAGAGGAAGGGAAAGAUGAAGCUGCGCCGAAUCGUUUUAGUGUUGUGAUUGAGAAGAUUGAGCGCCUAUAUAUGGGUAAAGAUAGUAGUGACGAUGAAGAUCAAAAUAUUCCUGAUGACGAUCAGUAUGAUACUGAGGACUCAUUUAUUGAUGAUGCUGAGUUGGAUGAAUAUUUUGAAGUGGAUAAUUCAGCUAUAAAACAUGACGGAUUCUUUGUUAACAGGGGCCAACUAGAACGGAUAAACACAACUGCUGCAUUACCUAACCAGCAACCAAAGAAAAGGAGAAGAAAAGAGGCAAAGAGCCCCGGUGAAACUGAUGACUGUCACGUGCCAAAUAAACAAGCAAAGUUAGGUAAGACAGCUGCAGCAAAGAUUACAUCGGGACUUGCAAAGAACUCAUCUGCUCUCAUUACUAUUGCUGUAACCACGGAACACCGUGAAGAUGUGGAAUUUCAGAAUCCAUUGAACUCUUCCGGUUAUUCAUCCACUAAAAAGUCUGCUGAUUCUAAAACAGUUAUGAAUCCUUCUCCGUUGAAAGCAUUGGAUGGAGAUGCUUCUGCACUGCAAGUAGAGGUGAAGGAUAUUGAUAAGUCUAAGUCAGGAAUCCUGCUUCCUAAGGACUCGAGUAAUAGAUUUAAAGAUUCCGGUGGGUCCUCUGAUGCAUCGUAUCAUAAAUAUCAUGAUAAAAAUGCUUAUUCGCAAACCAAAACCCAGUCGGGUAGACUAUCUGGCAACGCUGAUGAGCUGGAAUCAUCAGUUCGGGCGAAAGUGAAAAAUGGGAUCCGUCAACUGCUUGACCUUAACCUCUCGGACGGGAAGUACUCUGUUCCAACUACAGUAUGGCCACCUGAUGGCUUUGGAUUAGUGGAUGAUCGACUAAGCGUAAAGAACCUUAUAUUGUUAAAGGGGGAGAGCCUGAAAAGCUUGUUCGGACACUUUUCAUUGUUGCUAUAUCUAGACAGUUAUAUGUAAUUUUCACGAAUGAGGGUUAUUCCUAGUCCUUUUUCAUAUGACACAAAGACUAUGCCGGUAUAUGAGAGUGAGUACUGGGAUGGAAGACAUCAGACCCAUAACCAAGGAUACCUCCUCUGCUGUAAU